GCCGCGAUACCCUGUGGAUCACAAUUAGCAAAUCACCCAUAGAUAACAGCGAUCGAGUCAGCGAUGGCCGCUGUCCGUCAUGCCACUGUCAUCUUCCUCUUCCUCACCAUCACCUUCGCCGCCAUGGCCAAUGGCGCUGGAGAGACCGACCCGGACCCCGCGCGCGUCGAGAACCCCGUGGACUGCAUGAUAGGGUGCGCCUCGCAGCUGAUCGGCUACGCCAUGCAGACGAUGGAGUGCGCCGCGGGGUGCGCGGGAGGAGGGAGGGGGAAUGCCGUUGAGGAGAAGCACGCGGCCGUCUUUCGUGAGGCCGGCCGUCGUCAGCACGGGCUGGAGAAUUAGUGUACUGCAAUACGAUGUGAUUAAUGUGAAUCUUUUUUUUUUCUGAAAACUGCUAUAUACUGUAUUCGCAUCCUGCCCCGGUAGCGGAAGAAAAUUAGGAGGGGACGGUCCUCAUCCAUAGAGCAACCGUGGACAUCUCUAUGGUAGAUUUGCGACAGUUAAAAAUGA